UUUGUGGAAAGCACACACCCCCGAACACCGACCAUAUAGCUAUUACCUUACCUUAAACACCUCGAAUAAUACACCCGACUGUCGUCACAGUUAUCAUGUUCGUCAUUAACAUGCCUUCCCACAAAAUUAUGUUACUCUUUUUCUUUAUUAGCUUUCUCCAUUCUGCUACUACUCAAGCACAACCCGUCUAUACUAACAGCAGCUGUUCUGGCCGCGCCUUCGCUGCCAAUAGUUCCUUCCAAUCCGACCUCACCAACCUGCUCUCUUCCUUAGCUUCCAACAAAACCGCCAACAACGAUUUCUACAACACCACCGUGCACCGCGGUCGCAACACCAUAUACGGCCUCUUCAUGUGCCGGGGUGACGUCACCCUCGAGUUGUGCCACCAGUGCGUCGUUGACGCAACGAAAAAUAUACGCUCCCAGUGUAACGUCUCCAGGGAGGCCGUGAUAUGGUACGAGGAGUGUAUGGUUCGCUAUUCCGACCGCUACUUCUUUUCCUCCGUCAACACCAGUGCUGGCAGCUGCGGGGCCAACACCAACAACGUGGCCAACAACCAAACAGGAUUCAUGAAUUUAUUGUCGACAACUAUGAACAAGGCGGCCGACGAGGCGGCCAAAUCUGGUAUGGGGAAGAAGAACUUUGCGACAGAAGAAGCGAGUUUACAGUUUCAAACUAUGUAUUGUCUGGUUCAGUGCACGCCGGACCUUUCUCCCCAAGGUUGCAGAACAUGUCUGAGAGACGCGAUUGGGGACCUUUUCAACUGUAGUUUCAACAAGAUAGGAGGAAGAGUUUUAUAUCCCAGUUGUAACGUUCGCUAUGAAUUGUUCAUCUUCUAUAAUUCUAACAUGAAAGUGUCUGAUGUUUAUACAGGAAAAGCAAAGACCAUUGUGAUAGUUGUGGUUUCUGUUGGUGGUGGGGGGAUACUUUUUUCUUUGGUGUACUAUCUCUUAAGGAGUUUAAUAAGGAAGAGACGGAGGGCUGAACUCAGACAAAAAUACUUUGGAGAUGAAAGCAACACUUUAGAGCCUCUGCAAUUCAGUUUGGCCACUAUUGAAGCCGCAACAAAUAAGUUUUCACAGGAAAAUUGUUUAGGCCAAGGUGGAUUUGGACAGGUUUACAAGGGUAUUCUUUCAAAUGGUCAAGAAAUAGCUGUAAAGAGACUUUCAAAAGGUUCAGGCCAAGGGGCAGCAGAAUUUAAAAAUGAAGUAUUAUUAAUAGCCAGACUGCAGCACAGAAAUUUGGUGACCUUGCUGGGAUUUUGCAUAGAAGAUCAAGAGAAAAUUCUCAUUUAUGAAUAUGUUCCCAAUAAAAGCCUUGACUACAUCCUAUUUGGUUCCCAGGAAAAUAGAAGACUAACUUGGGAGGAGCGUUAUGAAAUCAUAAGAGGAGUUGCUCGAGGAAUUCUAUAUCUUCAUGAAUAUUCUCGUCUUAAAAUUAUACAUCGUGAUCUUAAACCUAGCAAUAUUUUGUUAGACAAUGAAAUGAAUCCAAAAAUUUCAGAUUUUGGUCUCGCUAGGAUGGUUGCUAUCAAUGAAAAUGAAGGAAAUACAAGGAGAAUUGUCGGAACAUAUGGUUAUAUGCCUCCAGAAUAUGCGAUGUUCGGGCUAUAUUCUGAAAAAUCAGAUGUUUUUAGUUUUGGAGUUAUAAUUUUAGAAAUUAUCAGUGGAAAGAAGAAUGCAAGUUGUCAUGAUGAAUCGCAGUAUGCUGAUAGCCUCUUAAGCUAUACGUGGAAUCAAUGGAGUAAUGAAAAGUUGUUCGAGAUGUUGGAUUCAAAUCUAAAAGAAAUGGAAUCUUAUAAUGAAGUGAGCCGGUGCAUCCAAAUUGGAUUGUUGUGUGUUCAAAGGCAUCCAGAUUCAAGACCUUCCAUGGCUACAGUUGUUUCAUAUCUGAGCAAUGAUUCAAUUCAGUUGCCACAUCCACAGCAACCUGCUUUCUUUUUGCGCGCUCGAAGGGUACUUACUUCUGCAAGUAGAGAAUAUAGCUCCAUUAAUGAAAUGUCUAUGAGUGAUUUCUUUCCUCGCUAGUUCCCAACCAUACAAGCCUGUUCUAUAUUAUUUCUUCUUCAUCUUGGACACCAAGCUCCAUU